AUGGCGACUGUCUUCAAGCUCCUUUUGGAUGAUCUUGGUGUGAAGCAGGUCGCUGCCGUCAUUGGAGGAUCCAUGGGCGGUAUGCUUGUCCUCGAGUUUGCCUACUUCGGAAAAGACUACGUCAAGACCAUCAUCCCGAUAGCCACUUCCGCUCGCUACAGCGCAUGGGGCAUCAGCUGGGGCGAAGCGCAACGGCAAAGUAUCUACAGUGACCCCAAAUACGACGACGGCUAUUACGCAUAUGAAGAUCCUCCAUCGACCGGGCUUGGAGCCGCACGCAUGUCUGCUUUACUGACUUACAGAAGCCGCGACUCGUUCGAAUCAAGAUUUGGGCGCAAUACACCAGACCUAUCCAAGAAACAGAGCAUCAAUACUGUACCGCGACCGACCACUCCGUCCAAUCCCUCCCAUGAACACUGGGCGAUACACAACCACGGUCACAAGAACGCUGGCUCGCCGCGUCUGAUGUCACGGACAAACAGCAGUACCGCCAUACCCGGUUCUGCAGCCGCACAUGCCGACCUCGAGUUCCAUGAUGCAUCGGACCCAGCCACUCCGAACCUCGAAAGGUCAAGCUCGACAAGUAGCAACAGUCAAUUCCCGCGCUCAUCGAAGCCUCUUGCGCCGCACUACUUCUCAGCACAGUCCUACCUCCGUUACCAGGCCGACAAGUUCAUCAAGCGUUUUGACGCUAAUUGUUACAUCGCAAUCACAAGAAAGCUGGAUACGCAUGAUGUAUCCCGCUACCGCUAUCCUGAAGGCGAGACACCCGACACACUAGAUCCAGUAUCGGCCCUUCAUUAUGCGCUUUCCUUGAUUGAACAGCCUACACUGGUACUAGGUAUACAGUCGGACGGUCUCUUCACAUUUGCCGAACAGAAGGAAUUGGCCGCUUGUAUUCCCAAGGCUACACUUAAGACGAUCGAUUCUCCAGAUGGUCACGACGCCUUCCUCCUCGAAUUUGAGCAGGUAAACAAACACUUACUAGGCUUCCUCGAGACCGAGCUUCCAGAGAUCAUGAAUAGAACACCAAACGUAGAGACCGCAACAAGCGAUUCUGGUAUGGUCGCCACCAAAAGCAGCACGUUUGGUGAGGCUGAGGUCGACGAUAUCACGGCAUGGUAA